UAAGAGGUUCCCCCUCAAACCGACUCAACGCAAUCAGUUCGAGCCAUGGGAUCGUCAAGUUGGUUCUGUUUCGUAUUACCGUGCCUUCAACCGGUGCACGGUCACAACAUUCUCUUUCUGCAGACGACUCCGUCCCGGAGCCAUCACAUCUGGAACCGGCAAAUAUCCAACCGACUGUUCAAGACACAACCUGACGAUAUUGACGUUUGAACGCGGAUGAGCUUUCUGUACGUGGACAACUUUUACGGAUGCUUUGGGGGCAUUCCGAAGAACGUUCUGGUGAGCAAGUGGAUUCCACAAGUGCCCUACUUGCGGAUCCUCGUACGAAGCUUCUGAUAGGUCACGGGGGAUUGCUGGGGCUGUAAGAGGCGUCCUGAUUUGGAGUUCCGAUGGUUUGGAUUCCGCCCGUUGCCGAUCAGUACCAGAAUGUGGACAAACUGGUUCGAGCCGGAGUGGGAAUCCGAAUGCUACCUAGCGAAGUUCGUGAAGAUUCGUUGAGGAAGGCAGUGGUGGUGGUGCUGACGAACGAAAGCUACCACCAACGAGCCGUAACUCGCUCAAAGCAGUUCCGAAACCAGCCUCAACCACCACUGGAUUGGGCACUGUUCUGGAUCGAACAGGUCCUGGAGCACAAAGGUCUCCAGCAUCUACGUUCACCGCCAACACCUUUGUACCAGCAGUACGGUCUAGCCGUGGCAGUGGCGCCGUUCGUUAUCUUGGCGCUUUGACGCACUUGAUGUUAUCUCUGGCUUGUAUACCAAUAAAAGAUGCUAAUUAGAAAGUUCAA